AACACAUAAACAAUAAUGACAUGCUAUAAAAUAUGAAUUAUUAUCCAUCUAUAAAAAUAUAUCUUUAAUAUUUUUGCUGUUGGCAAUUAUUUCUCAUCCCAUCUCCUCCUCUGUAUUCAUGCAUGUGUAGACUACAUUUCUUCUACUUAUUGUUUUCACUAAUGAUGGAAGUAGGAGGGUUUGGGCUCUGCUUUGACCUAGAUUGUCCCGAGAGAUAAAGGUUGGGCUGCUUUCCUCUUGGCAGAGCUCACCCGGAUGUUCCCGGGCUGGAGUAGCAGCGCCUGUUUAUGCUGCUCGCACUACAGGCUACCAAAAGCCUGCAACCGAUGAUAUACUAAAGCAUGCGGAGAUGUAUUGGUUUAUAACAGCCUAGGAAGCAUGGAGGAUGACCUGGCGUCUGAGGACGAUACGCUGCUGCUGUCAGAGAAGGCCCUCCAUGACGCGGCCAAGAGGAACGAGGUGGAGAAGAUGCAGGAGCUGAUCAGGAUGGGGGUCAACGUCCGGGCAAAGAACAAGGUUGAGAGGAAGGCGCUGCACUGGGCCGCUGGAGCCGGCAACGAGGAGGCCGUCCGUCUGCUGCUGCAGAGGGACAGACACCUGGACGAGGAGGACAGUUUUGGCAUGAACGCCCUCCUGCUGGCCUCCUGGUUCGGUCACCUGAAGAUCCUUCAGCUCUUGGUGGCCUCUGGAGCCCUGCUCACCUGGGAGAACAAGAAUGGCCUGAGCAUGCUCCACUGUGCGGCCCAGAGAGGUCACACCAAAGUCCUGGAGUUCAUCAUGGAGAACCUGGAGGAUCUCAGCCUGGACAGAGUGGACAAGGCUGGGAAGACAGCGUUCCUACUGGCUGCUGAACACGGACAGCAAGAAGUGGUGGAGUACCUCAUCGGAAUGGGUUGUACACACGGCUCGAAAGACAAGGGGGGGAACACGGCUCUGCAUCUCGCAGCCAGGAACGGAUGCUGUGAGGUGCUGAGGAAGAUACUGGAGACGGGCCUGGAUGUGGAUGAGAGGAACGCAGAGGGCCUCACAGCAUUGCACAUGGCGGUGGAUGAGGAUCACAGCGGUUGUGUUGAGCUCUUGCUGCUCUUCGGCUGCAACGUCAACGCUCAAACUAUGAAGGACAUGAACGCCUUGCAUUUCGCCGCUCAGCAUGGCUUGGUCAAUGUGACCAUCUUAAUGCUGGAAGCAAAGACUCACACAGAUGUUGUAGACAGUCAAAACAGGACGCCUCUUCACAUAGCCGUGUCCAACCAUCACGCCAAUGUCGUACGGCUACUGCUAGAUUCUGGAUGUGACCUGGACAUCCCUGACAAGAGGCUUCAGACCCCGUUACACAUCGCUGCAGAAGAUGGCCGCCAGGACCUGGUGGAAAUGAUGCUCAUAGCCGGAGUCAAACUCCACCUGACGGACAAGCAGGGUAAAACGUGUCUGGAGGUUGCGGCGAGGGGCGGCCACGUCAUCCUCGUCGACAUGAUCAUCAAAGCUGACCGGUUCUACAAGUGGGAAAAAGAGAGCGCGUCCAGGGGCCAUCCCCCGUGGGUGGGCCGACCGCUGACCUUCAGGCAGGAUCACCAGCUGGAGACCCAGCACCUGCGGUCCGUCCUGUGGAGCCUGGCCACCAAGCACCUCUGCCGGGGCGAGUGGAAGCUCCUGGGCCAGCACUGGGGCUUCACCAGCGACCACAUGCGUGCUAUAGAGCAACAGUGGACAGGUUCCAAGAGCUUCAAGGAGCACGGUCAUCGGAUGCUGCUGAUCUGGCUGCAUGGGGCAGUGCAGGCCGGAGACAACCCAGUGAAAGGCCUGUACGAGGGGCUGGUGGAGAUCUCACGCACAGAUCUGGCAGAAAGCAUCCGCCAAAAGGCGAACGAUGACAUCAUCCAUCCCAGAAUAUGUUGCUUAAUGUGAAGCAUCACGGCACAAAGUAAGAUCAAGGAACACGGUAUCCUCCUCUAAAGAACUCCUCCCCACCUGCUGGUCUACUGUUGUGUUUAAUGUUCGACCAACGCAUGCAUUUUGCAGUGCUCUUGCAUUGCAUGUAUCGGGUGUGUUCAAUACCACAGAAGGAGUGCCGCGGUGAGAUUGAACAAUGGUUUCGAUGUGACUGAAGCCACUGCACUGUACCCCAAAUUGAGAUGUCCUUCUCAGAAAUGCAAUACAAGGUCUUGAGGAAAAUCCCUCGGAUGUAAAACUGCGGCUAGGUCAAGCCUUGCUGAUGAAGACUGCUGUACCGAUUUAAUGUUAUUAUGGCACCUCUUAGCACUAAGGUGAUAAAUGCUGUCAUAUUUUAAGUGUUAUUAGUGUAACCUUCUUUCUAAAAUGUCACGUAAAUCCAAUAAAUGAUGUAUUAAUAUACUUGUCGAGUUGGGAACUGUUUUCCUAACAAAGACAUCAAAAUCGUUUUUUUUUCGUACUUUAAUCUACAAUAGGGCUUGUACAUCAGAAAGCAUCAUGGGACCAACUGUUGGCGAUACUCAACGAUAUUGAGAGGACUCAAGAGAGUUGUAGUUCUGUAGAAUCCGAAAUAAACAUAAAUAUUCAGUAACCUAGGAUAAUGAAAAACGUAUUGCCACAUUUUACAAAUAGAAUAUCUGUGGCUGUGUCUUCCCACAAUGGCAUAUAAUUUCACGAAUAAUUAACCAAACAAAGAGCAAAGAACCAUUACUAUAAUUACCAACAUUCCCCUACACUCCCAAAAUUGCGGAAGACGUUGCAAUCUGACAUUACAAUGUACAAGCCCUACACAUUUUCUUAGUUUGAGCACAGCCAUCAACAUGAUUUGACCAUUCCUAUUUUGUUUAUCCUCACACAUUGGUCCUUUGAUUUUCAGGCUCUAAUUAAUGAACCAUUAUAUUUAAAAGAAUAUCUACAUUCGACUAGUUUUCCGUAUUUAUUAUUUUAUUUACAAAAUAGAGUAAGGGUAGAAAGUAGUUUGAAAUGUUCCGUAGUAAAAGUACUAAUUCCCCCCAAGAUAGAAUGUCACAGUGUUUUAAAACGUAGACCUACUCAGUCACUCAUACUUUAAAUGACUGCACAACACAUCGGACACACCAAGUAUUCAAUGCAUUUACUCCAAAUUAGAGGGAUGACAAUGUGGUUCAACUCUAGCGAAUACCUAUCCAAUGCUUGUUUCAGUAUAACCCGCACACACAUUUUUCUCACAUUCUACUAGUUAACUGUUGGCAGUGGUAACCCAAAAAUUAAAAGUGCAAGGUCAUCAUGACUCGUCCAAAUAAUUUCACAUAAGGCAAAAAAACUCAUGACAUGGAAUCAUACAGCAAUCUUAAGAUGAAGCCGCCUCAGAGCUUUCUCGGUAUAUACAAUAGGCGAUUAUCAAAAUACUGUCGUUUUUUUUGUGGUACAAAUAUAA